AUGCAGUGGCCACCAGCUUUCUGCAGGCUUAAGCAAUCGAAAUGUGUUAAAUCACCCGCCAGUCAGUUCAAAAUACACGGUUUGUGGCCUCAAAACAAAACAGAUCCUCAACCAAGGAAAUGCUCAAGUGAUUCAAAAGUGACAAAUUUCAAAAAAAAAAUGCUUUCUCUAACAACAAGGACUGAACUCGCUACUUCAUGGCCCAAUUUAAAAGGAAUGGAUGAAGUUUUUUGGAAACAAGAAUGGCUCCUUCAUGGAACCUGCUCAUACUCCACCUUCAACCAAACCCAAUAUUUCGAUGCAGCAAAUAAUAUUUGGAAAGCGUUGCCAAUUUUCGAUAUCCUUCAUGAUGAACAAAUUUUUCCAAGUAAUAUUGACUUUCAAAAAAGGGAUCUCAUUAAAGAUGCAAUAAAUAAUCACAUUCAAGUUGUUGUUGAACUUGAAUUUUCUUGUACUUUCUAUCCCACUGAGCUAAUAGAAAUUAAGGUCUGCAAAGAUCAUGCUGGAAAUGCCUACGAGGAUUGUCCAAAUCUGGGAAAUUGCGGAUCUACAUUUAAAUGGAAACCAUAG